GCUGGCAGUACUCUCAGACUUACACCGUGGAAAGAUGAAGGAAGACGAAGGCCCAGUGACUGAGAGCCUCUUUUCUGUGAAUUAACAAGAAACUUUGAUCAACUGCUUGGAGAAAAAUUGACAUUCCUUUGAAAGGACUUCUGCAGGAUGGUUCUACAAAAAGUAAAAGAUCAAGUGCUCACAAGGUUAAAUUUCAGGAAAGCUCUCUUGGAUGCAAGACAAAGGCGGGGUGUAAAACGAAAACAAAAGUAGCUUGAGUUAAAGAGGUCAUUUGAUUUUAGUCUUCACUCAAGACUGCUCCUCUCUGCGCACUGAAACAGAUUGGAGCCAUGGCAUUGGAACACAAUCAGUCAACAGAUUACUAUUAUGAGGAAAAUGAAGUGAAUGGCACUCAUGACUACAGUCAGUAUGAAGUGAUCUGUAUAAAAGAAGAAGUCAGAAAAUUUGCAAAAAUUUUCCUGCCUGCCUUCUUCACAAUAGCUUUCAUCAUUGGAAUUGCAGGCAAUUCCAUAGUAGUGGCGAUUUAUGCCUAUUACAAGAAGCAGAGAACCAAAACAGAUGUGUACAUCCUGAAUUUGGCGGUGGCAGAUUUACUCCUUCUACUCACUCUGCCUUUCUGGGCAGUUAAUGCAGUUCAUGGAUGGGUUUUAGGGAGAAUCAUGUGCAAGGUCACUUCAGCCUUGUACACUGUCAAUUUCGUCUCUGGAAUGCAGUUUCUGGCUUGUAUCAGCAUAGACAGAUACUGGGCAGUAACGAAAGCCCCACGUCAAUCAGGAGUGGGGAAACCAUGCUGGCUUAUCUGUUUCUGUGUAUGGGUGGUUGCCAUCUUGCUGAGUAUACCUCAGCUGGUUUUUUAUACAGUCAAUCACAAGGCUAGGUGCAUUCCCAUCUUUCCAUAUCACAUAGGAACAUCAGUGAAAGCAUCGAUUCAAAUGCUGGAAAUCUGCAUUGGAUUUGUAAUACCCUUUCUUAUUAUGGGAGUGUGCUACUUUGUCACAGCAAGGACACUCAUCAGGAUGCCCAACAUUAAAAAAUCUCGACCCCUCAAAGUUCUGCUCACGGUGGUUAUAGUUUUUAUUGUCACUCAGCUGCCUUAUAACAUUGUCAGGUUCUGCCAAGUCAUAGACAUCAUCUACUCCCUGAUCACUGACUGUGACAUGAGCAAACGCAUGGAUGUUGCCAUUCAAAUCACAGAGAGCAUUGCACUCUUUCACAGCUGCCUCAACCCAGUCCUGUAUGUUUUCAUGGGAGCCUCUUUUAAAAACUACAUUAUGAAAGUUGCCAAGAAAUAUGGGUCCUGGAGAAGACAAAGACAAAAUGUGGAUGAGAUUCCUUUUGAUUCGGAAGAUCCUACAGAGCCAACCAGUACUUUUAGCAUUUAAAUGUAAAACUGCUGUCUCUUGCUUCGAUUCGCAUGAAUGAUGCUUCUCCCCAGAGAAAACAUCUGCUUUAUUCUGAAAGUUAAAUGGUAAACACUGGUGGUGCCAACGUAUAACAAUCAAAACGUAGGGGGGAGGGGGGGAGGGGAGAAUAUAGCAACCAGGAAGAAGAGGAAAUGAAAUCACAAGUGCACAAAACAUGAACUUAACGUUAACAAUAUAGGAAAACAGUAUUAACAGAUAUAAAUAAUAAAAACACUAUGCUAUAAAUUUGGCCAUCUGAAACAUUAAUAUAGAGGCUUAUAUUAAGGAGGAUUUAUAAUUAUUUUAAAUGAUCAACGUUUAAUAUAAGAAUGAUUUCACUGCAUAAUUUCAGUACUUGAAUAACUAUACAGCAAAAUUUAAUCCUUUUUUCCUGCUUCUUAAUUUGCAAGUGAUUUCAUAAGACCCCAGGGAAGAAUAACAAUUUAACAAUAAAAAGAUACAUAAAAAGCUUUAAUGGCCCUUUUAACACAUCCCUAGUAAAUUUCUUUGCUUUUUGUUUUUUUCUUUUUAUCCCUGGUAAAUUUCUGAACACAUAAUUUGCUUUCAUGAUGUCAACUUUCUUUAAUAAUAAACUGGUUAUCUUGUUAGAUUUACUCUAGAAGCAAUCUUUAGAUAAUCAUAUUUACGUAGGUUCCAAUUUUAUGACUUCCUAAAGGACUCACCCAUUUAUGUAAGUCUAUUACUGAGGGUUGACUAAACAAUACAUUUUGUCAUGUAUAGAUUCUUAUAUUUUUGCUUUAAGCACUUGUAUUUUUAAGCAAUAAGGAAAUGUGAUAAAAUAAAUGACUUCUAAUAACAAGUAAAUCUCUUUACAAUUAUUUACAAAUUAUAUUUCAUUUAAUAUGUUCCUAUUAAAAAUUAAUUUUGAUAGAAGUUACCAUGAUCAAGAACCAUGAUCAAGAAUAGUGUGCACUAACAUGAAUUUCCUCUCACAAACUCUGAAAAACUGUGAAUUGUGAAACCAUAAAAAAAAGUUUUCUGUUUUUAAAAUAAAUAUGACUUAAUCAAGA